AUGGAGGAAUUUCUGCAAGGACUGACGGACACGUCCUCCGCCUUGCUGGACAUCGCCACUAGUGCAACGCAGCUGGCAAAGAAUGUAGACGGCUCGCGUACUGCGUUGGGUGACCAUUACUGUCAACAAAUCUCAUGCUUUCGGGACAAGAUUCAAAAUGCAGUCCUCUGUUCCUGGGCACUUUUGCGCAUAGCGCCUGGUCUCGGCCUUCCAGCUGAAGCUAUUUCACAAUCAUCUCAAGCUCUUGGGCAACUGAGACCUGCAGUUGAGUCCGCAAAGGCAGUAGUCGUCGAGCUGCUGAAAACCAGAUCCGCACAGGCUGUCUCGGAGUUGGCACGUUUUUCGACGCGUAUCUUCGGCUCCCUUCAAGCGAUUCAUGACGUCUAUAGGAAUCGUCUUGCUUCGACCGCGUCGGAGGCUUCCUCUGACCAACCAGAAAUUUCACCGAACUAUUCAAUUAUGUCUGCAGCGCUAGACCUUGUCUUCUGUGAACGUCCGUUCAACAUGUUCACAGACGGAGCCACUCUGGAGGCAUCCUCACAGAUACUUGAUCACAUAAAUACGUCUGGAGGACCAACGAAUGCAUCUAUCAAAGCAGCUGACAACCUUGGUCGUACUCGUGUCGAGGAUCUUAUGCGUUGUCUAGAAAAGGAUCCUGAUGCUCGAGGUGUUGAUCGAGUGGCGCAGUCUUAUGUCCACGUUCUGGAGGAUGUAAAGACCUUCCUGUAUUCAGAUGUCGAAUAUAUUUCGACAGCACGGGCUCGCAUACGGGAGGCAAAUCGAUCUUCGUCCGGCCGGGUGCGCAAUACGCCGUCAGACGUCGAUUAUCUGGAUUCAGCGUACCUGUCUCUCAUCCGUUCCUGUGCAGAGAAGACCGCGUCCGAGAUUGAGCGCGAAAAGGAGAGGAUUUUUCGUAUUGGAGUCUGUGGAAUGACAAAGGCAGGGAAGUCACUUUUCUUGAAUGCCAUAAUAGGACAGAAACUACUUCCAUCGGAUGAACUACCUUCAACUGCUCUUCCUUGUCGCAUACGCCACGGAACGGAACAGGAACCACAUCUCACUGUUUGCCAUCCAAACGAGUUCUUUACUUUACAGGAGUGCUUGAAGCAGUUGCGUGUGAAGGUGCCAGAUGGUCUCAAAAAGUCCAAAGACAAAUGGGAACAACUCCCUUCUUUGACUCGCACUAAUUGGCUAAAUGAAUACAGGAAGUCAUCAUUUAUGCUAUCCAAGGAAGCACGUGGUGAGGCUGGGGUAAUUACUGUCGUUUUCAUAAAUAUUGUCACACGUGCAAUUCGUGAUUUUCGUCACACUAAGUACACUCAAAUACAAAAUCUACUAUAAC